AUGUCUAUCUAAUUAGCAGCUAAAAUUAGUGUGGUUGUUUUAACAGUGGCUUUAGUAAUAGGUGGAGUUAAUAUUUAUUACACAUAGAAGCUUAACACUAUUUAGCAAGGUUAAAAAUUAAACUAGCAAAUUAAAUAAGAAGAAGAUGAUGAUGAAUAUGAAGAGUACACUGUACCUACUUUAAAAGAAACUAUGUUGAUUAAUGAUAGUCUUUUUAACAACACUAUUCAAAUAAUUCAGAAUAAAUAUAAUAUCUAAAACUUAACAGAACUUGAUGAUUUAAUCAACUAGUUAGGAAGAGUUUUCAAUGACUUAGAAUCUGAAACUCUUUCUUCAUACUUUAAGAACUUUGUUAAUAAUCCCCAUUAAAAUAAAGAUAUUCAACAAGCAUUUUAUGGUCUUUACCGUGAUGAUUUCUAUUGUAUUAAAAGCGAUUUAUACCAUUUCGCUCAUGAAGAGGAGUUAUACAAUAAUAUUACUUUAUUCUCAGACUGGAAUGAUUAGUAUACUCGUGAUGAUAUUUUUGCAAAUUUUUCUAAAGUUGCUUCUGAAAUGUAUGGAUGGGAACUACCUUCAGACUAUUUGAGAAAGGAAAGUUUUGCUCCAGAAAUCAACAUUACUUAGUAUUAUUUUAAUCGUCCCAGAUUUAUGUCCUCUUUUGUCAUGGGUAAGUAGCUUGGUUGUUUAUUUUAAGGCAUAAACAAAAUUCCUAGCAGCGGCUCAUUUACAAGAAAAGAAGGACUUUCUCGCAGCUAUAGAAAAUUCCUUACUUAAAUUGACUAGAUUAACAGCAACCCUAAUAUCACAAAAAAAUAUAGUGACAAGUGCAUGAAAGAAUUCAAAUUCUUACCCUAAACCUACAAUCUUAACAAUGUAGAUGAAUGCAAGAACUUUUUUAAUUAUGUAGAAUCUGAAACUUAUCAAAAAAAAUUCAAAGAAGAAGGUUUCUAAUUUAUAUCUAAAUUAGGAGCAAACGUUCAUUAAGGUAAAGGCAUCUCAGUAGUCACACCAGCUAUUAUGGAAGCUCUUUAAAAGAAAUAUUAAAAUGGUCAAUUAUGUGGCUCUAUUGGUGAGUAAAAUCCAGAGUUAGUUUAGGAAUAUAUCAAUAAUCCACUUUUACUUAAUGGUGUAAAAUUUGAAGUCCGUAUGCAUUUUGUUAUAGCCUCUCUUAAUCCUUUAAUCAUAUAUGCUCAAGAUAAAGCUGGUGUUGCCUUCUGUGCUCUUAAGUACAAUUCCCAUGAUUCUUAAAUUCAAAGACAUCUUUGUGUGUAUAACAUUGCUAGAGAACUGCUUAAUCUUUCAGAUGAAGAACUCUUCAAGAUUUCAGGAAAGACUCGUGAAUAAUUUAUGAGUAGCUUUUCUUAUUAGCACACCCUAGAAAGUCUCUAAGAAGAGUUAGAAAAAGAAGGUUCAGUCCCACCUGGAUGGGUAUUUAAUGACUUUAUCCCUUCUGUUUUCCGUAAUUACAUUAACACAGUAUUAUUCUCUCGUUAAUAUCUCUCCCCAGAUUCUAGAUUAUAUGAGAUGUAUGCUCCUGACAUUCUUGUCAACAAAGAUAACAUGAAGCCUUACAUCCUUGAAUAUAAUACCAAUCCACGUAUGGUUAACACUAGCUAUUUUGUUCAUGGGUGGAAUGUUUAAACUAUUAAAGAUAUAGUCCUAAUAAACAUGGCCCAAGUUAGAUCUAGACACUUUAGAAUUAAAACUAUAAUUGAUGAAUACGUUAAAGAGUUUUUGCAAAAUAAAAACCCAAAUAGAUCUGAAUACAUGAAAAGAUUAAUUGAAGCAAAUAAAAACAAAAUUGAACCAUAGUUCAACGUUGACAAAGAAAUAACUUCUUAUGUUAAAAUCUAUGAUGAAUCAACUGAAGAGGAUCUAUACUACAAGGGCAAUCUUAUUUUUGAUAAAGAAUGCUUGCACUGA